AUGAUAAAAGAUAGGAGUUUCCAGGGAAAGAAACUGUCAGAGCAGAAGAGAGGGAAUGGUAAGAGGGAGAUGGAUGAAAGUAAUCACCAAAGCAAGAGGGAAGAGAAUUGUCAGAGGGUGACGGAAGAUAGGAAUCGUCAGAGGGUGACGGAAGAUAGAAAUCGUCAGAAGGUGGUGGAAGAGAGGAAUCGUCAGAGGAUGGUGGAAGAUAGGAAUCGUCAGAAAGUAGAGGUGAAAAGGAAUCGUCAGAGGGUGGUGGUAGAUAGGAAUCGUCAGAGAGUGGUGGAAGAUAGGAAUCGUCAGGGGAGGGUGGUGGUAGAUAGGAAUCGUCAGAGGGUAGUAGAAGAUAGGAAUCGUCAGAGGGUAGUAGAAGAUAAGAAUCGUCAGAGGGUGGUGCAAGAUAGGAAUCGUCAGAGGGUGGUGGAAGAUAGGAAUCGUCAGAGAGUGGUGGUAGAUAGGAAUCGUCAGAGGGUGGUGAAAGAUUGGAAUCGGCUGAGGGUGGUGGUAUAUAUGAAUUGUCAGCGGGUGGUGGUAGAUAGAACUCGUCAGAGGGUGACGGAAGAGAGGAAUCGUCAAAGGGUGGUGAAAGAUAGGAAUGGUGAGAGGAUGGUGGAAGAUAGGAAUCGUCUGAGGGUGACGGAAGAUAGAAAUCGUCAGAGGGUUGUGGUAGAUAGGAAUCGUCAGAGGGUGGUGAAAGAUAGGAAUCGUCAGGAGGUGGUGGUAGAUAGGAAUCGUUAG